CACAGAUGCAGAGAGAUAGGCAGGGCAUCGAAACUGAUUUCAGAUCGGUGCGUGUCCGCCGGAGAGGGGUCCGGGGUCUCAGCUCGAGCAGCUCUGGGAACAGAUACGAAUGCCGCGCGUGCACGCGUCUACAGAUGCGGACCGCGUUAACAUCGAUACGCAAACUAAACUUAUGGAGGAGUCAGAGACGAGGAAGUCUGUAAGAUGGAAAGAGACGAGCAGAAUAACUCAGACUGAAGAGGACAUCAUUACUUCUUACCUAACAGUCUCCGAUGAGAAUCAGAACAAACUGCAGGAGGCAGAGGUAAUGGAAGCGGUUAAACACGACUCAGAGAACAGGAGCCCCGAGGAGAGGUCUCCAACUAACAUCAAGAGCCAUAACUGCUCUUUAGAUCGUGGUCAGCUCUCUGGAAUUAUGCCACCUGGACCUAGUCCUUCUCUUCUGGCCUCACUGCAGUCCCUCGUUGAACACAAUGAUCACAUGCUACUCCCACAUUCUUUACACCAGAUAGCCGAGGGCUACUUCCUCGAAAAGGACUAUCAGUGGGCAGUGGAGUUUCUUCAUCUGGAGAAGCUGUAUCAUGAAAGACUGCUGUCUAAUCUGGCCUCAUUACAAGAGAAAUGGGAGUGCCAGAGGAAAAUCAGUGUCCAAACCGAAAGUAACUCUCCUGUGAACUCUGAUGGAAGUGAAAGAGAGAGAGAGCAUAUGGAACUGUUGAAUCAUAUCUGCAAAACACACCAGAGACCUAUCCUAUCUUUGCAAAAGAACAUGGAUGACAUAAAACUAUACAACAGCCCAGCCCUCGUGUCAAAAGACAGAAGAUCAAAACAAGAACAAGCUUCAGUGAACUCAACCGAGAGAGAGGACGGGGCGGAGGACUGCUCACGGCCAGAAGCUGAACAGGAGCCAGAAGAGGACUGUGAAUUGAAUGAGGAGGAGGAGGAGGACGAGGAAGGUUUCGAGGAAGAUGAGUGCUGGUAUGAGGAGAUGCAGGAUGACACAGCCGUAGACGGCCAGCUUCCUGUGGAUGAGCUGGCCAGCCUUAUUCAGGUAGUAGAGAGGUUUCCCUCAGAUGGCUUAGUGUCGAUUUUAAAGAAGAGAGUCUGCGCCAGGGAAACGGAGAAAGCCUCGCUGCUAAAAGAAUCGACCAAACGCAGAGUCCACUUCAGAGAGCCAGACGAUGCUCUCGAUCAAGAUGAGUCCGCCAGAAAGUCUUGCCUCAUCCUUCUCGUCUUGUGCGUGGCUACUGUGGUGAUUAGCAUGGGUGGGACUGCUCUUUAUUGUCUCGUCGGAGAGGCGUACUCAAACGUGUGUGCCGACUUCUCGCAAAACGUGGACUUUUACUUUGGACCCGUACGAAGAGGAGUGGACGCUCUCACGCAGUGGCUCUCUUCUGAUGCGUCAUAGCAGCUAUUUUAUGCAGUGGAGCUAUUUCUUCAUAUUAUCAUUUCCAGUGAUUAACGACAGUAUUACUCUUGAGAUAAUAUGCACUAAUGCACAUUACCAGACUGGCCUUAAUAUAUGUUGCUUUAGUGAGUCACAAAGGGCUUCCUAAUGCAUAAAUAAAUUUGUAUAGUGUAUUUAAUAUUGGUACAAAAACAAGUUGUCGCAGAUAAUACUUAUAUGCCACUUAUUACAGAUAAUCCUAAUAUACUGUACCACUGCCUUUCUUUGAAUCGGUAACUAUACAUGCAUUGAAAUAACUGCCUUUGGAGCCAGUUAUAUCGUUUUUGUACAUUUUAGUACUUUAAAACACUAUAUUCCAGGGUUACAUUUGUAUAUAAGACUUGGCACUUUCCAUUGGUGCUAUAAUCACUGAAAUUGAUACAGUAUGCACAAAAAUAAGCUUUAUGGGUGUAUGUUGAAGAAGUAGUUCAUUCAAAAAUGAGACUUGGCUCAUAAUUGACUCAUCUUAAGGCCAUCUGAGUUUGUUUCUUUAUCUUAACAGAUUUGGAGAAAGGUAGCAUUACAUCACUCUCUCACUAAUGUAUCAUCUAAAGUGAAUGGGUGCCGUCAUAAUGUCCAAACAGCUGAUAAAAAAACAUCACAAGAAUCCAAAAGAAAUUCAUCUAAUUCCAGUCCGUCUUGAUAAAAGAUAAGCUGCAUUUAUAAGAAACAAAUUCAUCAUUCAGGAGGAGAUAGAAGACUCAAAUUGUAACCGGAAGCAUCUGUUUAAAGUUAAAAAACGUCUUGAUAAUUAAUUUGUUUAUUACAAACACACAGCUUUUCACUUCAUAAGACACAAUAUUAAUUGAUGGACUAUCUGUUCUGAUAAAAAGAAAACACGUCUACAUUUUGAAAGACCUGACAGUGAGUAAAUUGUCAGUAAUUUUUAAUUUUUGGGUGCAUUAUUGCUUUAACUAUGGGAUAUUAACUUAUCAAAAUAACUUUAUUAUUAACAGAACUAGACAGGCUAAAUAGUAGAAAAACGAUGAUCGAUAGUUUUGAGUCUUGUUUAUCCAACACUUGGUCAGCAGGUACAAAAUAAAUUUAAAGGUUUUAUAAUUGUACAGUAUAAAAUACAGCAAUCAAUCACUGUGUUUUAAUUACAAAUAUGAUUUGUGUUCAGCAAUCAAAGUGAGUAUGAGUUUUUGUGGAAUUUUUUUUAUUUUAAAUGUUUUUUUGUUUUUGUUUUUUUAAUAUGAUCAGAACCAGAAAUCCCAUUUUGCUGUAUGUUUCUCUUUUUUCUGUUCCAAGUAGUAUGAUCUCAGAAUUAUGUUUGGAAAUGUGUUUUUAUAUUUAAAAAGUGGUUUAUGGUUUAUGCUGUAGCUCUGUCUAUAAUAAUAUUGGAUUGGUCCUCUGAAUGGAAGAAAAGAUGACGUAGCAUUAAAUGGAAUUGGCACACGUAAUAAAGCCUAUGGUGAAGUAGGAGCAUUUCUCUUUGGAAACCCACA